UAUUACUUGUCACAUUGUUAUCUUAAUUACAUUGUUGCAAAUUGCCUACUGUUGAUUGGCGUAUAACUGACUUAUUGAAGCGAAAGCUCAAGUACAUUCUCUGUUUCUCCCUAUGUCCUUGUGUUGGAGAUGGAAAUGGAUGCGAAGUAAUGGCAUUGGGUCCGAGAUAUUUAUUUUGUGCUUGCUCAUUUGCCUAGUAUAUCGAUCAGUGAUGAAAGUUAGAAAGACGCUGCUUGUUUUUGAAGAUUAAAUCAGUAGAAUAAAGCUAAAGCUAAGUAGCAAGGUUUGCUGCUGAAGAAUCAGUUUCAUCUCAGUAAUUUUGUUGAACUCUAUAGUGUUUUGCUUGCUAUUCUAGUUUGAUUGUAGAUUGGACACUUUGAAAAAUGUCUGUUUUACCUGAUCAUGGCUUCCCUAAAAUAUGAUCAGCUUUUUCUUCUAUUUGAUUUACUUCUUUUUUUCGCUUUUCCAGCCACUGAAGAUGUUAGUCAUCUGUCAAUCACCGUGCAGAAAGAUAAACUACUUGAUGGCCUUCUUACUUCUGGAUUUGAUGAAAGAUCUUGUCUAAGUAGACAAGAGUCAGUCUUAUAUCAUAAAGAAUUACGCCAGAAGCCUUCUUCUUAUCUCAUCUCAAAGUUACGAAACUAUGAGGCUCUUCAUAAGCAAUGUGGACCUCAUACAGUAUUAUACAAUAGAAGUGUUGAACUUAUUAAGUCUGGCCAAUACAGAGAUUCUGCAGAUUGCAGUUACUUGGUUUGGAUUUCGUAUAGUGGUUUAGGAAAUAGGAUGCUAACCUUAGCUUCUGCUUUCCUUUAUGCUCUGCUUACAAAUCGAGUCUUACUUGUUGAUCCCGGAGUUAAUAUGCCUGAUCUGUUCUGUGAACCUUUUCCCGGGGUUUCCUGGUUGCUUCCACCAGAUUUUCCUAUAAUCGACCAGUUUAGUAUGUUUAAUCAGGAAUCUCCUCAUUGUUAUGGUUAUAUGGUGAAACAUGAUAUCAUAGGCAAUUCAACUGGUUCAAUACUACCUCCCUUCAUCUACCUUCAUUUAGCUCACGACUACGAUGAUCAAGAUAAAUUAUUUUUCUGUGACCAGGACCAAAGUAUUCUACACAAAAUCCCUUGGCUAGUCAUGAGGACAGAUAACUAUUUUGUGCCUUAUCUUUUUUUGAUGCCAGCGUUCGAGCAAGAGCUAAGUAAUCUUUUUCCGGAAAAAGAAACUAUUUUCCACUUCCUGAGUAGAUACCUGUUCCAUCCCACUAAUUCUGUAUGGGGGCUUGUUAUGAGGUACUAUCAAGCUUAUUUAGUCCAAGGAGAUGAAAAACUAGGCAUUCAAAUUCGAGUCUUUGAUACAGGUGUUGGUCCUUUUAAGUAUGUAGUGGAUCAGAUUACCGCUUGUUUGAUGAAUGAGAAUCUGCUGCCACAAAUUAAUCGGGAGGAGCCUAUUCUUAAUCCAUCCGGGAAGCAGAAAACCAUAGCCGUCCUGAUCACUUCUCUAAGCCUUGGAUACUUUGAAGAGUUCCGAAACAUGUACUGGGAGCAUCCCACCGUGACAGGAGAGAUCGUUGGCGUUUACCAGCCGAGUCAGGAGGAACAUCAACAAACUGAGAAGCUCUGGCAUGAAAGGAAGGCGUUGGCAGAAAUGUAUCUACUGAGUUUAACAGACAAAUUGGUUACAAGUGCAUGGUCGACUUUUGGAUAUGUAGCUCAUGGUCUUGGAGGUUUGAAGCCCUGGAUCCUAUACAAGCCUGAGAACAGAACAGCCCAUAAUCCACCUUGUGUUCGAGCUGUAUCACUGGAGCCAUGUUUCCAUGCCCCACCUUACUAUGAUUGUAAAAAGAAAGCGGGAACUGACACGAGCAAAAUUGUUCCUCAUGUGAGGCACUGUGAGGAUGUGAGCUGGGGUUUAAAGCUAUUUGACCAAAAUAAUGAAUUAUAACCAUGUAGCUAGGCUGUUAGCUUGUGUAAAAAAGAGUUAGGUUUUCCCAUCCAGAUACAAUUUUGCUCUCUGGUCAUUGAGAAACCGGAACCCUUUUAGCUAAUCAACAGAG